GCUGCCAUAAGAGCACUAGAAACAUGUACAAACAAUCAUCUGCCUCUUGAAAUAAAAACCGAUAGUCAGUACUUGAUCAAAGCAUACCAAAGUUGGAUAAAAAAAUGGGAAUCAAACGACUGGAAAACUACCUCAAAAAAGAAAGAGGUUGAAAAUAAAGAAUUGUUUCAACGGUUGUUAAUGUUAAUUAGGAGUCGGGAGGGAAAAACAUAUGUGCCAGGACAUGCAGGAAUAGAAGGAAACGAAGCAGCCGAUCGAUUAGCGAAUGCUGGAGCAGUACUUGAUGUCAAUACCAGUGAUGAUAAUGACAUUAUUAAUAAUAUUAUUUCAAAAGAAAGCAAUAAUGAAGAAGAUGAGGAAAUUGCUCGUACCGAAGAACAGUUUAACCGAUCUCUUGAUUCAUCCAUUGCAUCGAUUCCUUCGCCUCCCGGCAUCACUGCUUCCGAUCAGUUCCAAACUGACGAUAUUUAUCCACAGCAAAAAAUUUCAGAAGAAUAUAUAAAUUUGUUGAUGGAAAAUAACUUGUUGUCUAAAGAACAACUCGAGAUAUUAAGGAAUAGUAACAAUCAAUGA